GCCUCACCAGAGAAUUUUGAUACGCAUCGUCGUAACGAAGUGGAAGGCCAAACAUACCGGUAUCUUUCGAACGAUAAUAACCUAUGCCGCGUUUUUCUUCCAUGAUGAUAUCUAAAGCUCCAAUUUGCACGCGUAUGAGAGUCACCACCAUUCGGGCAACAACCGACAUUUUUCAUAAAUCGAAUAGCGAACAACAACUGUUUCCCGCCGCUGCCCUCCGGAUUUGCGAUCACCACCUGCAUUCCUCGAAUAUCAUUCCACGGGUAGGUUGUCAUCCCGAUGAUACAGGUACAUCAAACAACAUAUACGAGCAUGCUUGGUUCUGUGUCAGUCAAGCAGUUCAAUGCUACAAUGCGCAAACACGCACCACACCGCCGUUGUUGAACCGUGUUUUAAACGGCGAUGACGAAUGCCACUGCGACGUUUGGGUGGACAAGGACUCGAUCGGGAAAUCGUCCAUUCAGUUCGGCGGGGCAAUAUCCAUUGGUCGUGAUGUCCUUGCCGUGGUUCGACGAGUUUUUGUCAGAAUGGCGGAUCCGGUUGGCGGCGCAGAGGAACAAGAACUCAAGUCGGCUCCAUUUUCCGACACAGAAAAGCAAGCAUUUGUUUCUCGGUUUGGUUUCGAAGCGUUGGACAUCGGUGAAAACUACGAAAGUAGUGAUGCAAAAAAAAUAAAAGAUCUGAUCGAAGUGAAGAGACCAGACUUGCAGUCCACCCGUCUCAAAACUAUAAUUAAUGGAUUGGAAGCAUCGCCGACCCCUGAAGAAGCUUCCAAAACUAGAGUUGUUGUGGGUCCUCAGAACAUCAAUUUCGGCAACCAUGCAGAUCAUGCUUUCUUGGCAGAAACUUCGUUUCAUGCUUUGUCUACAUCAGCGAAUUUUCCGGGUAGCUACCUGUCCGUUCAAUACUUGGCCGAAGUCUACUUGGGAGACGUUUUGGAAUCGUAUGCUUAUGGGGAUAACAUGCGAGACGACGAUGCUGCUUCUGUCAUUCUUGUUGCAUCUCGCAAAACAACUGGGGAGAGAAAAGCCGUUCUUAUUGCUGAAUGGAAUUGAGCUGCUUAACCAUUAUUUCGUGCUGGACAAAGCUUUUGUCCGACCAAAAGAGGAGAAAAACUGACUCUUCUGUCUCGUGUCAUAUUCGUGAAGAAACGGGAGCACUCCAGGCAAAAGAGCCGUGACAUUUUUCUACCUCAUAGUUUGCGACUUGUUUACUUGCCAACUAUUUUAUAAACAAAGCAACAUCCAGGGCAAUCUAUCAAAAUAUGGUCGUCAACACCUUGUCUGCAAGUUGCUUCUGCAGUAUUUCCAUCAAACUCGCAUGGUGGGCACGUUUCUUCGAUGUGAAUCUCUUCCCCACAUCGACAAUCGUAUACCAUGAAUGACUCGUUUGUGUCCUCGUCUAUGGCCUCUUCUAAGUCGUCGUGAUAGCUGAGCACAAUGGCGCCAUUUUGUCUGUUUUUCUCUUGUAAGUCCUUGUGAAGCAAAUCAGAGUCGUAGACACUUCGUUCCUCGGGAUCUCUCAAGACCUUCCAUGCUUGUUGAAUCCUUCGAAAUUCGGCUGCAGAAUUUUCGGCAUCGAUUGCACUACAGUCACCGCUGCCAUGCCUGUCGAAAUCGUUGUUUUUUUCUAAAAUUUGCCUGUUUUGCUUGUCUGGGUGCUUCGCUCGAGCUAAUCGAUGAAAGGACUCUUUGAUUUCGUCGUAUGUAGCAUCUCUGGACACGCUCAGUACAUCGUAGUGGCUGUGUCUCCCGUCCAUGGUAUUGCAAACUCGGCACGCGGAUGUUAAAGGCGAACCAAUGAAUAGCAACAAUCACG